AUGGCGCAAAAAGGGACUUCCAGCGGGUUUCCAAUUGCCUGCUUGACGGCGGACCUCGCUCCCAAGCUUCCCGCUCACAGCUCGCUCCUAUUUGCCCAGAAGAAAGCACACGACCUCUCCUUCGAGACCAUCGGGUCAUUCCUCGGCCGUGACGAAGUCGCCGUAGCCGCCCUCUUCUACGGCCAGGCCAACGCGACGCCCGAGGACGUUCAAAAGCUAUCCGAGAUCCUACAGAUCGCCCCUGAGGUUCUCAUGCAGACGGAGAUUACCGCUCUCCCAGAUCGAGGCAGAAGUAUGGAGAUGCCACCAAGAGAACCAUUGAUGUAUCGCUUGUAUGAGAUUGUGCAAAACUAUGGCUAUGCAUACAAAGCUGUGUUGAACGAGAAAUUUGGCGACGGUAUUAUGAGCGCCAUCUCCUUUUCGACAAAGGUAGAGAAAGAGACGGAUGAUAAAGGUGACUGGGUGAAGAUCACCCUAAGGGGCAAGUGGUUGCCAUACACCCGUUUCUAG